ACUUCCGUUUCCUCUCGGAUUGUAAACAAACAUUUAUCAAAUUAGCAAUACUUUGUUGUUGAGAUGACUGAACAACAGAUAUGUCCCUUGUUGACCUGGGCAAGCGUUUACUUGAGGCAUCGAAGCGUGGAGAAACGGAGGAUGUUAGAACUCUCAUGUCCAACGGUGCUCCCUUCACCACUGACUGGUUGGGAACAUCUCCCCUUCAUUUCUCUGCACAGUAUGGUCACUUGAACACAGCUGAAGUCCUGCUGAGGGCUGGCAUCAGUAGAGAUGCCAGGACCAAGGUAGACAGAACACCCCUCCAUGUGGCAGCACAGGAAGGCCAUGCGGAAAUAGUAACACUGCUUUUACAGCAUGCCGCUGAUAUAGAUGCAAAAGAUAUGCUCAAGAUGACGCCUCUUCACUGGGCCACAGAAAAGGGCCAUAUAGAUGUGGUAGAGGUAUUAUUGAAGAAUGGAGCCGAUAUGACCUGUGAAAACAAGUUUGAGAAAACCCCUCUUGACAUUUCCAUAACAAAUGGGAGGCCAGAUAUCGCACAGGUGUUGCAAAUGGCGCAGCAUACGGCCAUUGGAAACAUGGAGCCAUCAGAAACAGUUACUGUGGAGACCUCAGAAGUGCCACAGGAUGAUGAGAUCAUUGCUGGGACAGAAACAAUCAUGGACGGACAGACGCUCGGCCAUGAUGCUGAUGAUGCCCACUUGUUACUGCACAAUGUAAAGACAGAAGGAGACGACUCAGCAGAGGAAGGGAACAGCACAUCAGUCCUGGCCACACUUGCAGCCCUAGCUGAGGCCACCGCACAGAACUCCAACACGAACACCAGUACCUCUGACGCCAUCAAUUGGCUGGAGAGCCAGGGUAUAACAAUGAUCUCAACAGCUGAUGGCAACAUUAUCACAUCGGCAGUUGAGAGUGGACAGCAGAUCACACUUACAGAGGCUGGCAAGAUUGCUCUGAACAUUAUAAAGCAGCAAGGCUUGACACCAGAGGAGUCUGUGAAUGAGGAUCAGAAGGUGAUCACAUAUGUGUCAGAGUCCGGUGAGAUACCAACAGAUGAUGGCCUCCAUAUACAGAACGUCGCCACACUGUCUGAUGUCUACCAUGAGCAUGUAGAAGAAGAUGAUCUCGGAGAGCCAGCCAGCAAGAGGACACGACUAGACACAGAAGAGAGUGAGGGGCCAACAGAGAUAGAUGUAGAUGCAAUGCUGCAAAAGGGCACAGGCGAUGCGACAGACGAUGUUGAAGAUGAUAACGACCAGGAGCAACUACGCAAGGAGCUGGAGGAGUUCAAGAGACAGGCAGAACAGUUCAAGGAACAACUCAAACAAAAGGAUAAAGACUUGGAGGAGUACAAGAAGGCUCUUGGGGAGAUAUCGGAUAAAUCAGAUAACUAGGUUCAGAAUAUCAGAUAUCUGACUAACGCAGUAUUUGCUCACAAAGGGGGAUAAUUUGACAACAAAAAUCUGUGACUAUUCUGAUAAAUAGAGAAUGUCAGACAUGGUGGAUAUAUAGUGGACCCAUCAGAUAACUUAAGUGGGAAUAUCAGAUAAAACCUGAUGAUCGAAAUAUCCGAUAAUAAUAGAUGUUAUAUGAGGAGAUAAUCAACAAGUGGCAAAUUUGAAAAGAAAGAGAGAGACAUGUAGACACUCGGGGUGUACUGGAGAUAAAGGACUACUGUGAUAAAGUGAGAAAGAAUGAAAUUUUAUAUUAACAGUGAUAACCGGGGAAAAUAAAUCUUUUGGUAAUCAUUUGAGAUAUUGGUAAUUUUAUUUUAGUCAGUUUAUCUGUGGAGUUGUAUUGGUUUGAGUUGGUUGCAUGAAGUUCUUAUCUCGCAUGACUCAAGGUUGUAAGCAAUUUAUCUUGACACAAGCAACAAGUUAGUAAUCCGAUGCAAUGUGUUAUGAAUUACAUAGUAUUUAUUUUAAUUUAUACCUCUCGUAAGAAUUGUUAAUAAUCCAAACUUUGAGCAAUUCUGACAAGUAUUGUGAGGAAACCAUUCUUCUCCAGUGUAAGUUGACUGACACAGGAGCAUUCCAGUUAUCAUCUAUAUGAAUUGUGAUCUUACAUACUACAGAUAACUCUUGAAGUGGGUUUAUGAUCGAGAACAAUGAACGCUUCUGUUUCAAUUAUUUUUAAUGGAUUAUUUUAUUAUGACCACAAAGGUUGAUAUAUUAAAAUCGCACCAUCUGUCCUUGCGCACAGCUCAAUUUCUCGUGUCGUCUUCUCUUGUAUGGACUCGUUUGAAAUAACUUGCCACAUGUGUUUGCUAUACUAAGACGACAUGUUGCAUAUAAGACCCGUGUUCCUACCUCUAAGAUCAAGGUCACACUUACGGUUUUCUUACAAUGGAAUGCUGCAUAUAAUGACAAAGAGUAUAGAUGGUCGUGUCCGGGCUGUAACUUUCUCUUUUAUAGACUUAUUUUAAAAUAACAUGCCACAUGUGUUCGACAUACCAAUAUGACGUGUCACGUGCAAAACCCGUGUCCCCACCUUUAAGGUCAAGGUCACACCCAAUGAUUGUCACUAUGGAAUAGUUGGCAUAAUACCAAAAACAACAUUGACAUAUUACAGUGACAAUGCAUGGGUCUCAUGUGGUGUUUCAAAACAUCUAUAAGAGUUAAUUGUUUAUAUAUACUCUUCUUACUCAUAAACAUUCCUUUAUCCACACAUUUCAAUGCUAUUUUUCCCUUUCUAAAUGACCUUUAAAUCACAAUAGUGUACCAUUUCGGGGACAUUCGCCACUUACAGUGACAGCUCGUGUUCCUGUCUCAAGUGCAUGUGUUAGCUUUCAAUAUUUGCUUUCAUUGACCAAACUAUAUCAUGAAUCAUAUUCCAUUCUAAUCAACGUAUAUAAGUAGAAAUUAUGAAUUUUACCCUGUUUGAAAAUGUAUUUAUUUGCGUUGUUGAUAUGAGGAUGUAUGGUAAUGUACAUUUUGUUUAUAAAUAAAAUGCCAUGGUCAUAGUCUUA